GCGGCGGCCUGCCCGGAGGCCGCGGCUUGCCCGGCUUGCGAGCCGCCUCCCUGCGCGGCUUGCCCGGCCUGCGAGCCGCCGCCGUGUGCGGCCUGCCCGGCCUGCGGCUGAGAAGCUCGCUGGAGCGCUGCUCGGAGGGCUGGUGCACUGGCUGGUUGGGAAGGUGGUCGCCCGCAGGCAUGUCGACGCUCGUGGGGUGGCUCCGCGGAGACGCGGGGCGGGAGUGGUGGACUAGAGCGCUCCCAGGGGAGCGCGUGGUCUGCCGGUUCGCCGACGACGACGUCGACCACGAGCGGGUGCUGCUGCACUACGUGGCGGAGGGCGGGUGGGUCAUCUUGACCCCGGAUGGGGACAUCUACGCUGAGGACAUGAGCUGCGAGAACCCCGAGACGGGGCCUGCUCGAGCCUUCCCGCUGGCGCUGCGGACGCGCAAGAUGCGGAGGCUGUAUCGCUUCCGGGAGGCGCUGGGGCCCGACGAGCUGGCCGACGCGCUGACACGGGGCCAGCAGGCGGCGCUGGAGAUAGACGCUGCCCUGCCUGAGCCGAGGGAGGCAGUGGCCGUGAGCGGCCAACGGGUCACGUGGCAGGAGGCUGCUGGCAAGCUGUCGGCCGCGGAGCGAGCCGGCCUGCUGCGCCUGGGCAUGGCCGUGGCUCGCCUGGGCGGGAAGCUGCUGGAGGCUCCUGGUGCGGGUCAGGUCUGGAUCGCCCUCAGCGGCGGGCCCGGCGUCGCGAUCGGGGCGGAGGUCGACGUGGCGAACGCCGAAGGCCUGAGCUUCGAGGACGGGCCUGAGCCUUUCGGAGUGCUGAGGGCCGCCGACGGCGGCAUGGUGCGUCUCGCUCGGCUGGGCGCUGGGUCGGCCCCUGGGCGCGUGGCCGAGGAGGCCGCAGUCUGGCAAGAUCUGGACAGAGGCCAUGCGCGUGCCACGGGCCCCGAGCGCCGACGUGCUGCGGCCGCGGCGCCAUUCGAGGAUGGUGAGCCCGCCGAGCCCAUCGGCGGCACGGCUACGCCCGAGCUGGCGCUGCCUCCCCUGGCGGAGCCGCUGGGCGAGGAGCGAGACGCCGACGCCCGCGCGCUCUGGGUCGACUACGACGAGCAGGGCGAACGGUUCAAACGAUGGCGGGACGUGGUAGGCGAGUCGAGGCAGGAGCACUACCCGGACGCGAAGGUGGACGGACCGCCUGGGGCUCUCCACAUGUUAAAGCACAUGGAGAGGCACGGUGGCGACCCGCGCCUCUGGCUCGACCUCUUCAUCCGCAUGAAGGGCCUCGGGCAGAAUGACCGCGUAGUGCACGAGCUGAGGACGAUCGUGGAGGCCUUGUACCAAGGCGGGGUUUAUGAUCAGUUGAACAUGGGCGGCCUUAUGAUGGUGGAGGUGUUGACUCGCCGCGUGGCCGCAGUGGUGGGUGCCUACGCGGACCCGUCCAAGCCGAGCUGGACGAACGCGCGCUUCUUCGAGGGCGUGAGCUCGGUGGAGGACGUCUCGGGGCCAGAGCUCAGGGGCUACGUCCACCGGCGGGCGAAGGAGCAGCACGAGAUAGAGCAGGAGCUGGAGGUGACGCAGCAGGCGCGGGGCGUGGUGGCGGCCGAGGCGGCCGCGGGCGCGGCCGGCUUCCUGCCGCUCCCGCUGCUGGGCGACGCAGGCCGCCGAAUUCGCGGCAGGUCUUGCAGGGCGAGGCAGUUCGGUCGAGAGAAUCGGAUUGCGUCGGAGGUCAACGGUAUCGUCGAUGCCAUCAACUGGAUGUCGGGAUACGACUCGCAUCCUGGCCCAGCCAAUGACAUGCAGCGGGAUGUACUUGCGCGCUUCGAGGGCCUCGUGCGGGGCCGGCAGCCGGACGCCAAGUUGCAGGAGCCGCAGGCGGCCCUCCGGGAGCUGCUGCGGGGCCGCUCGCCAUAUGGCGGGCGCGGCGGCCCGACGACGGUCGCCUCCUACAGUGCAGGGCUCGUCAGCAUGCCGACGGACGUGAGCGACUGCCCGCGUCUUGAGGACCUCUUGCCUGGCGAGGCCCUUGCCUUCCUGCAGGAGCGCCAAGAGCGCAUGUUACGAGAGUCACCUUUGCCGACCGACGUUGAGCCGUACUUCGACUCGGUCCUCAAGUUCAACCACAAGGAGUACCGCGGCCUGGUGCGCCGGCUGUUGUCAGCUGGCAUUCUGGGGUGGACUCUGACACCGAGAGAGAGGAUUGGGAUGUUUUUUGUGUGGAAGGAUGGGCGGCGCCGACUUCGCCUCAUAGUCGACGCCCGCCGUACGAACGCCCACUUCAGGGAUCCUCCUGGGGUGGAGCUUUUGAGCAGCGAGGGCCUCGCCAGAAUCGAGGUGCACUUGCCAGGCGCGGGCUUCUCGAGCUACGAGGACCUCCGCGCCGCGCUGGAGGCGCAGCAGGUGUACAUCGGCAUGGCGGACGUAAAGGACUGCUUUCAUCGGAUGCGUAUCGAUUCAGCCCUUUCGCAGUACUUCUGCCUGCCGCCGGCCAAGGCGGGGGCCUUCGGCGUGACCGAGGUCGAGGGGGCCAAGGUACGGACGUCGACGGCCAUCUACCCUUGCUGGCAGGUCCUGCCCAUGGGCUUCAGCUGGUCUCUCUACUUCGCCCAGCGGGCCAACGAGGAGGUAAGCCGCCGCAGCAGCGCGCUCCUCUGGGGGCCCAGUCUGUCAGACCAUGGGCCACCGCUCGUGUUCUCGCCCGGGGGGGCGCCCCAGGAGGUCAGGCACUACGUGUACGUCGACAACUUGGGGGUCUUCUCGCUAUUUUCUGAGCUCGUGAGCGGCGUGAUGAACCAGCUGACGGGCGAGUUCACCGAGCUGAACCUACUGUUGCACAAGGACGAACUGGUGCCGGGCAUGGCAGUGGCGCUUGGCACGGAGAUCGACGGCAACCAGUUGCGCACUCGUGUGACCAGUGAUCGGUUCUGGCGCUGCCGCCAGGCCGUGCGAGGCCUCCUAGCCCGCCGCCGUGUCAAGGGGUGGGCCGUGGAGGCGGUGCUGGGCCAUCUAACCUUCUGUGGCCUCUGCUCGCGCGGCACCUUGUCAGCUUUCAAUUCAGUGCACGGCUUUGUGCGAGCCCACUACGACGAGGCGGCCGUGCUAUGGACCGAGGCGCGGCGAGAGCUGGCCGCCUUCAGCUCCUUGAUGUACUUUUUGGAGUCAGAUUGGUGGCUGCCUUGGAAUCCGAUGGCGCAGCAGUCAGAUGCCAGUCUUCACGGCUACGGACUGGCAAGGGCCUUCUGGCCGCAGGAGCUGGUGGAAUCAGUCGGGCGUGUGCCUGAGCGAGCUCGCUUUCGCCGGCGCUGCGCGCGCAGUGCUCGAGAGGCUGCGCUCUGUGCAGCUGGCUUCAGCAUGAGUGAGGGUGGAAAAUGGGAACUCAAGGGCCUUCCCGAAGAUGAGGAGGAGCUGGGCCAGUGGGACGUUGUGAGGGACUUCCCGGAGGUGCCCGCCCAGGGGCUCCGCGCAGGCCUGUGGGAGCCCUGUUUCGCGAGAGCCUGGCAGCACCCUGAGGGCAUCUUGACCUUGGAGGCCCGAGCCCUGGUCAGCAGCAUCCAUCGCAUCGCCACCACGGGGGCGAGGCGCACGCGGCAGCUUGUCCCUGCGCCGCCGAUAGCGCCGCAGCCGCUGCCGGCAGCUCGGCGGGAGCGUCAGCUGGGCGAGUCGGGGCUCCUGAAGACGGCUGUGCUGAGCCGUCCCCUGCCGCGGAGCCUGGGGCAAGUGGUGGAGGACCUGACGAAGGUGCCUGUGCCAGCGGAGCCCGCUCGGGGAGCGCGAGAGAGCGUCGGCUCCUCCGACAGCGGGAGCUCCGAGCCCGAGGUCGUGACCGGCGCCGCGCGGCUGCGCAGGCUCGCGCAGUCGCAGAAGCGCCGUGCCCGCCACUACGGGAUGCCCACCGGCGAGGAGGGCUUCUCUCUCCUGGAGCGGGAGGCCGUGCGGACCCCGACGCAGCGCGAGUACCAGAGGGCCUGGGACGGAUGGCGGGAUUUUGCCCGUCGGAGCUGGCCCUCGGUCGACGUCGACGAGGUCAUGAAGAGCAGGGGCGAUUCCGUGGUAGACUCGGCGUUGGUGAGCUACCUGAACGGCUUGUACCAGGCUGGGACUCACCUCUCCUGGGCCGAGAAGUUGAUGGCUGGGGUCCUGCACUUCAACCCCGACUUCUCUCGCUACGGUGCCCGGCGCCUCCCCCGGGGCUGGAGAUGCCUCCGGGCCUGGCGGCGCCUGGAGCCGCCGCGGACAAGGAAGCCAUGGGCGCUGGCGUUGUGGUGCGCAAUGGCGUGGCAGAUGAGGGCCCGUGGCAGCCUCCAGAUGGCGGUGUUCACGUUGAUAGCCGUCAGCGUGUACGCCCGCCCCAGCAGCCUUCUGCUUCUGAAGCCGGCCUGCCUGGUGCCGCCAGCGGCGGGGGUGUGCGAGUUCUGGACCUUGAGGCUCUUCCCGGAGGAAGAAGACCUGCGGGGCAAGACGGGCCUGGGGGACGUGUCGCUAGAGUUAGACUCGCCCUGGAUUCGCUUCUUGGACCCUGUGCUGCGUCAGAUGAAAAAGGAGGGCCACCCCGAGUGCCUGUGGAACUUCACGUACCCAGAGUACUGCAGGAUGUUCAGCCUAUGCCUUCAGGACCUGCGGGUAAAGGCCAAGUACCUGGCCGACUGCUUCAGUGGCAAAGGAGGCGUGGGGCGCGCUGCAAUGGCGAUCGGCGUGCCAGCCAGAUUCUGGGACACGCUGCACGGGCCAGGCGGCGACCUGACCCGACGAAAGGCCGACGCGCCAGAGCUGCCGCGAGCGGCGUGGGAGCGCUGGGACGAGGCAGAGCCCGGGCACCCAGCGCUGUCGCUGGGUCACGUGGAGCCCCCGCGCCCGUCCCCGAGGUCGCGCCCCGAGGUCCUCGAGGCGGCGGAUCGGGCCGCUUCCCUCGGGGAUGUCGCCGGAGACCCAGGCGCCUUCUUCGAGGCAGCCACCUCGCGCCUGAGGGCCGCCGCCAGGAAGCUGCAGGAGGUGCGCCGGGCCGCGCUGGGCACGCUGAGGGACAUCGACGCCGAGCAGAGCAGGCAGUGGCUAGCGGUCAACAGCGGGAACACCCUGAGCGCAGGGCUCGGGAUCGCGGCCGCGGCCGCCAUGUUUGUGGUGCCACCGCUGGGCGUCGGCCUGGGCUUGGGGUCUGCUCUCACGGGCGGCGGCGCCGCCGUCGGCGACGCAGUCGCUGACCAGACGUUGCUGGCCAAGCUGCGCCUGGAGAUGUCAGCGUACGUCUGGAACCUGCUGGCCGUGGCAGAGCUCGAGAGGGAGUGGCUUAUGGCCCGAGACGUCUGCGGAGAGGCCGUGAGCGCAGGCGAAGUCUCCCUGGACGUCGUAGAAGAUGCUGCGCUGAAGGGCGCCAUGGUGGUGCAGGGGGGGCUGGUUGUUGCAAAGAUUGUGGCAGAGGGGCUCGAGAGCUCCCUCGCCGGCGGAAGCGAAGCGGCUGCUCUGGGCCUCACUCGCACCGCGGGGGUUGCCUCGCGCGUCUUGGGCGUUGUCGGGGCAGUAUUCUCCACGGGGAUUGCUGUGCAUGGCUGGUCCACGACGAAGUCGUUCCAGGCCACGGUGCGCGAGAAGGCCGAGGAGCUCGAGGCCGAAAUCGUUCAGACGCAGCGGUGGCUCUCCACGAUCGGGGCAGUCGACUGCAGCAUUUGCCUCUCGGAGCUGAUGCCGCCCGAGCAGGUGCGCAGGUGCCGCACGUGGCAUUACUUCCACGCUCGCUGCCACGACUGCUGGGCCAGAGAGUGCAGGGGUCGAUCCCAGGAGGCCAACUGCCCCCUGUGCAGAGGCUCCAUGCAUGGGGAAUCGAGGUCGCUCGAGGAUUUCCUCAUAGACGACAUCCGCUCGCAGCUCAAGGGCACCAAAGCGUGA